UCCAAACCCCGGGGGACCCCUCCGAGCGCACUCAGACGCUCCGCGACCAUGGAAGCUUUCGCUAAGGCCAAGAGCUGCCUGGCGGCCCGCUUGCUGCAGAAUCGAGUGGCUAUCGUCACCGGCGGGGGCACGGGGAUCGGAAAGGCCAUCGCGACGGAGCUCCUGCAGCUGGGCUGUAAUGUGGUCAUUGCAUCCCGUAAAUUUGAUGUAUUAAAAUCUACUGUAGAUGAACUGAAGACCACCCUGCCUGUCAUCCACAAGUCUCAAGUCACUCCCAUAAAAUGCAACAUCCGUAACGAAGAGGAGGUAAAUAAUUUGGUCAAAUCCACCUUAGAAUUGUAUGGUAAAAUUGAUUUCUUGGUAAACAAUGGAGGAGGCCAGUUCACAUCUUUGGCUAAGGACAUCAGUUCGAAAGGAUGGCAUGCCGUGAUUGAAACAAACCUGUCGGGCACCUUCUACAUGUGCAAAGCAGUUUACAACUUUUGGAUGAAAGAACAUGGAGGAUCUAUUGUCAAUAUCACUAUGCUUACUAAAAAUGGAUUUCCAAGAUUUGCGCAUAGUGCAGCUGCCAGAGAAGGUGUCUACAACCUCACCAAAACCUUGUCUUUGGAAUGGGCCACAAGUGGAGUAAGGAUCAACUGUGUUGCCCCUGGAGUCAUUUAUUCCAAGACUGCUUUUGACAACUAUGGUCAUUUGGCAAAAGGCUUAUUUGAAAACGUCUUCCAGGCAAUCCCAGCUAAAAGAAUGGGGAUUCCUGAGGAGGUUUCCCCCCUGGUAUGUUUUCUGCUAUCUCCAGCAGCUUCCUUCAUCACCGGACAGUUGGUUGAAGUGGAUGGGGGCCAGUCUCUGUACACUCACAUUAAUGAAAUACCAGAUCAUGACAACUGGCCGGAGGGACCAGGGGACCUUUCUGAUGUCAAAAGGAUGAAGGAGUCUGUGAAGUAUAAAGCCAAUCUUUAAAUUAAGGAAAAAAGGAGAUGUCUUUUGUCCCCAAAUGCCUUAACAUCUUAAGAAUGUACUUCUAUACUUUAUAGGAGCUUGUAAUUUGUAUGGAAAAAUCAUUCUGUGCCUUUUCAUGUUAUCAAAUUUGUCUAUGUAAAAACUAUUCCUGAAAUAAAGGCAUUUUUAA